CUGCAUUGUAUCUUUGCCGCAUACAUUCAUACCAAAACUAUGAACCCAAACCCGUCCAUUGCAAUCAUCGGCGGCGGACCAAGUGGUCUCCUCUUCGCUCGCCUUCUCGAGAUCAACGGGAUCACCGACUACGUUGUGUACGAGCGCGAUGAGUCCGCUAUUCCAGGUCCGUGGCAGCAAGGAGGCACACUUGACCUCCGCCCCUCCUCAGGUCAACUGGCGCUCCGCCGCGCCGACCUGUUCGAUCAGUUCAGCAAGUUCGCCCGCUGGGAUGCUUCGUGCUUUCAUAUGCUCUACCCGGACGGGACUACCGCAAUUCGCCAUGACCAGGAAAGAGAUGCUCCCGAGAUCGACCGUCUGCACCUCCGUCAGCUGCUCCUGGAGUCGAUUCCGGCGCACAAGAUUCGGUGGGGUCAUGCUGCAAGGGCCGUCGAAAGGAGAGAAGCCGACGGCAGCCAAGCUGGUAGUGAAGAUGGUGUUAUAGUCAUUCAUUUCAUGAACGGAACCAUUGAGUCUGGGUUUCGGUUGGUAGUGGGGGCAGACGGGGCUUGGAGUAAAGUGCGCCCUUUGAUAACGGCAGCGAAGCCCGUAUACUCAGGCAAGAUGUUCAUCGAAGGCCGCUUAACACAUGACAACCCUGGCUACGCCACCGCCAAAGAGCUCGUGGGCCCCGGAAGCAUGUUCGCAGCCGGGCACCACAAGAAGCUGGCCGUGCAGCGAGUCUCAAACGGUACAUACCGUGUAUACUUCGGGCUGCAAGCCCCCGAAGACUUCUAUCACCACCGCGAAUGCAGCAGCGGACCCUCCGGGGACGAAGAUCUCAACAACCGCACGGAGCAACUGCGCAGCCUGCUACUCUUGUCGGACGAAUACUUUGCCACCUGGGGGCCGCAGCUGAGAAAGUUCGUCGAGACCGCGGAGGGGCCCUUCCGUGCCUGGCCGCUGUAUCGGAUGGACCCCGAGAAGCUUUGCUGGAGUGGAAAGACCCCCGGGGUAACGUUGCUGGGGGAUGCAGCGCAUGUCUCGACACCGUUCGUGGGAGAAGGAGUCAAUUGUAGCUUGUAUGACGCUGUCGUGCUGGCUGAUAGCAUUGUCAAGCACUGCGGCGACGGUGCGGGAUUCGAUAGUUCGAGUGCAGAAAAGUUGAAGCGUGCUCUAGAGGAAUACGAGGAAGACAUGUUAGCGCGAGGACGAGAUCUGAUUGAGCGCAGCACGGCGAUGGAGAAGGUAUUCUUCUCUGAGGACGCGGUGACAGGAGUUCUCGAGUUCUUCAAGAGUUUCAGUGAGAAGUCUGAGUAGAGACAUGGGUGGAUGUUUGAAGCCUGAUUUUUUUCUCUGGGUGCUUCAAGAAGGAAUUGGUGCCAUUAGCUGGGACCAAGGGCCAAGUGAGAUAGUC